AUGAAGGAUUCAAAUGAUAAUGAGGCAAAUGGCAUGUUUGCCCUAUUUCAUGAGGACAAAACCUUGAAAAAUGGUCGGCUUUAUGACUCAUCAUUGACACAGCAAGCCAGAAAGUUGGGGUAUGAAAUGGAAAAGGUGAGGCAAAUGAUUAUGAAGCACGAAGCAAUAUUUAGGCAUCAGCUUCAUGAACUUCACCGUCUGUAUCAAACACAAAGGGACAUGAUGAACGAAAUUAAAAGCAGAGAACUACUCAAGCAUCAAAUGCCAGCACAAACAUUGCAGUCAAGCGUCUUUUUAUCUCACCUUCCUUCUGAAGAUGCUGAAAAGACAAGGCAUAUCUCUAAUUCUCCCGUGACGGAUUCAAUUUUGAUUAGACUGUCCAAAUCACAGAUUGAUAGCAUUCAACACAAUGGAAUAAUGAAGGAUUGUGAAUCUCCCACACCUAAAUGCAACACAUUUCAGAGAAAAGUGGUUGACCUUGAAAUGCCAGCUGAUGUUGCCUUCAAGACUGACUAUAAUGGUGAUUCUUUGAGAGCUAAUUUGAAUCCAAAGCGAACUCAUGAUUUGGCUGACCUGAAUGAACCAGUUGAGGUUGAGGAAACAUCAGUUUCAUCCUCUGUUGACGACUUAGACAAUAUCACCUACCUUGAAGAGGUAGUGCAAACGAGAGAUGUAUCUGCCAAUGCGAAUUUACAAUUCCAUUUUAUAUCGAAGGAACUCUCUCAAAGUCCCAUUACAGGAAGGGUUGAAAGAAGUUGCCUCAACAAUAGGCAUUUGGUGAGUGGAUGGCACACAAAGGAGAAAUUGGCUAAUAACUUUAAAACUG